AGGACAUAGUAGUUAUGAUGAAAGCGCUUACUUACCGAAGCAAAAUUUGAAAUACAGUCAGAUACUCUCUCUUUUUUCCCCUCCAACGUCUGCCCAUUUCCUUCCACUUUCAGUAUGAGCGGAAGUUUGUUCUGCUGAGCUUUGAAGACUACAGAACCCAUCUCAAGUCUGCCUUUGACUUCUACUCUGUAUGGAGGACGCAUCAAACACAUCUGAAAGCGUCGGGGACAUGUUUGCACGGAUUUAAAUGUGUCGCGUUUGGUCGGGGUAGUUUGACAGAUAAGUACUGGACGACGCGCACACAGGAAUCCGCUUCUUGGCCGCAAACAGGAGGAAAGCAGGAGGCUUAUAGUGAAAGUCAGCGAGAGGAGACUGUGGACGCACAGAUGGUGUUUCCGUGGGACGCCAAAUACGACCCUGCCCCCGGUCGCCGCUAUACUCCCCCCUCUACCACCCUCGCCUCGGGGGGGAAGAUGGCCGAGGCCCUGCCUCUCGGAGCCCAGGAGGCCGGUGGUGGAGCUGCUAUGGUGGGAAAAUUGCGAAUUGCAGACCACGGCAUGGUGGAGGUGAUGCCAGAUCAUCCAGGAGAGCUGGUGAAGACAGACAGUCCCAAUUUUCUGUGCUCUGUGUUGCCUACUCACUGGAGGUGUAAUAAGACUCUGCCCAUUGCUUUUAAGGUGGUUGCCCUGGGCGACAUUCCAGAUGGCACCUUGGUUACAGUGAUGGCAGGAAAUGAUGAGAAUUACUCAGCAGAGCUUCGCAAUGCGACAGCUGCAAUCAAGAACCAAGUGGCCAGAUUCAACGACCUCCGCUUUGUGGGCCGCAGCGGUAGAGGGAAAAGUUUCACACUGACCAUCACAGUAUUCACCAACCCUCCACAGGUGGCCACAUACCAAAGAGCCAUUAAAAUCACAGUGGAUGGUCCCAGAGAGCCGCGGCGUCAUCGUCAGAAGAUGGACGAAGUCAAACCAGGCUCCCUGGCUUUCUCUGAGAGGCUAACAGAACUGGAACAGCUGAGAAGGAGCUCCAUGAGGGUGACACCUCCUCAUCACCAUCAUCAAUCGUCAGCCAACAGUCGCCAACCUCCAACUCUCAACUCUGCCGCUUUCUCCAGCCCCACGCACACUCAGAUAACUCCUGAUUCCAGACAGAUGCAGUCAUCACCAUCAUGGUCUUACGAUCAAUCGUAUCCUUAUCUUGGCCAGAUAACUACACCCACUGUUCCCACGGCUAAUUCUCUAUCACCUGGUCGUUCUUCUCUCAGUGACCUGUCCUCUCGACUAACAGGCUCUGAGCUCACUGCCUUUGGUGACCCAAGGAUGACCUUAGAACGGCCUUUCAGUUCCCUGCCCUCCUUGCCUGACUCACGUUUUUCUGAUCCCCGGGUGCACUAUCCUCCCACUGCAGCUGCCUUUACCUACACCCCAUCCCACAAUCCAGUCUCCAAUGGUGCACUCGGUAUCACAAUGGCAACAGCCAUGGCCACCACCCCUGCAGGGAGGUACCACACCUACCUGCCUCCACCCUAUCCUGCAAAUGCACCCCAAGCUCAGAACGGGCCCUUCCAGUCCACCUCCUCACCAUAUCUCUACUACUCCACUGCCGCUGGCUCCUACCAGUUCUCCAUGAUGACAAGCGGAGCAGGCAGCAGUGAUUCACGCUCACCACCAAGGAUCUUGCCACCAUGCACCAAUGCCUCCACAGGUUCUUCCCUCCUGCACCCCUCUUUACCCAGUCAGAACGAAGGGGUGGGUGCGGAGGUGGAGUCCAGUCACAGUAGCUCACCAACAAACAUGGCUCCUGCUGAAGCUGUCUGGAGACCCUACUAAACGAGCAAUGGCAGAAGUGAAGGGUGCACCCACCCACUUUGUCAUGUGAUGCACACACUGGCAAGGGUGGAACAAAUAAAAUGAAACGGUAACAUCCGGUGGGUCUGCCUACUAAUUAGCAAGCAAUAUUGAGUUUUAAGUUAAGCUGCAUGUUAAGACCAGUUUAUGUUAGAACUGGCUAAUGUCGGUACCAAACAUCACACAACUAGGAGCCAGAAGAGUACAGCCAGUAGGAAAUACUGUCACAUCAGGGUCUAUCAAGAUAGGAUUGCUCUCUGUAGAGGAGAAACAACAAACUGAAGACACUGUGCUCGAGCAGGACUGGACUGAUCUCAGCCAAGCAUCCUUUGUUCAGUACCAGGACUUAUUCGUCAUAAUGUGGUUGAUGAUGUGAAUAUAUUAUUUGCUCCUGACAAAUGUUGUGAUGAACUGUUUGUGUUUACUGUAUCAGCAUUCUUUCUCCCUUUUUUCUUUCUCAACUAAAGUUCAAGAAAUAUCAUUUUAGACAUGAAAUAGUUCAAAGUUUUCCAUUGUUUCCAUUUCCAAAGUUCACUGUAUUCCAUUAGCUGUGUUCAUCCAAGAUGGUCUUCUCUGUUCUCCAAAUCCACCACCAUUUAAUUUUGAACCAACAAACCAUAGCACCAAAGAUUGCACCAUUGUAAAAGCAUUGAAUUUGUUCUCAUGACACCUUUUUAGAGUUUAUUUCAUAUUUGUUCCUGUCUGUGUGCAUAUGUGUGUUUGGGUGAGAGUCCAUGUAAUUGUGUGUCUGUGUGUCAAAUUUUCCAGUAAUCCACUACUGAUUUGUACCAUAUAUAGCAAUGACUGUAUAUGACACCCUAAGAUUGUUUUCAUCACCCCUUCCUCUCUCUCAUUGUCUCUCUCAAAUAGACACACAGACUCAGAGAGACAUACAAAGACACACACACACACACUUACGUCAUAGUUUGCUAUAACACUGUUGUGUAUAUUUCAAUUAGACUGAUGUAAAUAUAAAGAAAACACAACUGU